AUGAAUCAGAUACCAACAACAGAGUGGCUGGCUGAUGCGGAUUGUUUUGUUGCCUCAGGUUUCAGGAACCUCUUCCUUGGGAUUCAUAAGGCUGCACAGAUGCCACGACCUUCCCUUACUCCGGACCCAGAAGAUCACCAGCUGACUACCAAAGAUUGGGUCACUCAAGUCCCUCCGAGCCCAUCAAGGUCACAGGCACAGGACACAGAGCAAUCUGUUGAAGAGGACCCAUAUCAGAGAACACAAGUGAUGGAUCUAACCCGUCGCAACAGGAAUGUGAUACAGGACUCUGAAGCAGAAGAAUCUCAUGACAAGCCUGGACACAGGAGAUCUAACGUAGCGGACAAUUCCCCCAAUACUCAGCAUGCUGUCACCCGCACAAUCGAAAUCACCAAGGCUAGUAGGCGUGUCAGGAGCCCAACAUUGACCAAAUCAUCUCCACCAGGGCAGGAGCUCUAUGACUCUACCACGGCUCAAGUCGACACCAUUCUUGAAGAAGAAGAUCCUGAAGAUGAUGCGAUUGUGGAAGAGCUUGCUGAACUUCUUAAGGAUCUUGAGAAAAACAAUGCGUCAGUAACAGACAAGAAGAAGAAGCUAGAUAUCCUGAUAUCUCAAGGUUGUGAGGGGGAGAUAGAGAUUGCAGUCUUUGACCUGGUGAAUAUACGGAAGUGUAGGCACUCAAGUGGCAGUGCAGGUCAGUCAUAUAAAGGUGGUAUGUCUUAUGCACCCGCACCCCAGCCACCUAAUGCAUCCCCCCUAGGUUCCCUAUCUCGACAGAUUUGUCCAAAGCGCCAAAGGGCCAACCCCUCCUACAAAGAAAGCCACAUCAGGAAGUCCAAAGGCAAGGCCAAAUUGUACAAAAGUACGGAACAUGUGACAGCAUCCGAUGUUGAGGACGGCGCCGAAGAACACACCAACAGGGACACCCGUACCUCGCCCAACACGUCAACUAGUGAUCUCCCCUUUAGCUCAGAUGUGGAUCUAAAAAAAAUCAUCAAAGGGGUCACUGCUGAAGAGUCCGCAUGUAUCCAAGCUUUCACUGAUUGCCUUCCUUCACAUCAAUUCAAUUGGGGACGUGCUUUGGCCCCAAGUAUCAGGAACAUCAUAUUUUGCUUGAAUCACGCUUUACCUCCCCUCAAGGCCGCGGGGUCAGUCAAGUCAUUAGAGGCACAUGUUGCCAAACUUAAGGAGGUUUGCAUACAUAAAGACAUGCUGAACUUUCUCAAAACAGCUCCUAACUUGCUUCAACUGUCCAUUGACAAUCAGUUUUUCACUCAAGAUUGUCUCAACUGGGAAAUUCUUGAAGCUUCCAUCAAUCACCCAUGGGCCAAAAGGGGUGGUUUUUACAGGGCUUUACAUUCAAUGGCGUGUAGGACUGACAACACGCUUCAAUGGACCUCUGAACCUAGCCUCAAAAGUAAACUUAACAACUCUUUUCGUACAUUGAAGCAAAUACUUUGUGAUAGUAUUGACUUGAUAUCUUAUCAUACUGAACAUGCGGAUAUCAAUAUUAGCACUACUGGUAUUCAUGCUGUUCCUGAAGAUAUGGUGGCUUUGUCUAAAGGUAUUGGGUGGCUAUAUCUACAAAUCAUGGUGCGUGUUCAAGGGGAGGAAGAAAAUGAGAACAAAAAGGUUCAUAAGCAUGGCAUUGCUUGGCUUCAAAGACGUUACUUACUGGUGAUCAUUGGGUUGAUGCUAAUCUACGAAGGUCAUGUUUACAACAAAAAAUUUGAUGAUUUCAUCAACAAUGAGGCAAGGACUCAAGCGGAAAUUUGGAAUGAAAGGAAGGAUUUGAAGGAUGCCUCUUGUCUAAAUCAAUUAUCUCUCAACUGGGUGAAUCUUCAUCCGCAGCGAGCACUCAAGAGUGCUGGAAAGUCAGUCACGAACGGUGUUGCACAAGACCUUACUGAAGAUCAAUGCAAGGUGCAGGCCACUCGCGACGCUAGCGAGACCCGUAGUGAUGCACUUCGUGCUCUGAGCCUGUUUCUGCUCUAUGGAACAGCUGGCCUAUUCCAUGUCUGGACCAACCGGAGGGAUGUCAUCUUACACGACCCAUCCCACCUCAUCAACAUGUGUUCAAUCUUGGCCCUCCGAUAUCAUAAUUCUGAAAACAGAGAUCGAAAUGCCUUUUACAAACGCGCUUGGUACUUUGAUACUGCCUCCCUCUCCGCACUGUUCAUUAUGGACAUAUACGAUGAACUUGCACAUCCUGGACAUAGCAGGUCCCCGUGUGGUUCAGAAGCACCUCAAGUCAUGCUUGCGGGUAAACAACGCUUCCCUGAUUUGGAGAUUGAUCAUGAGGAUGUCCCUGAUGUGGAAGAUGAUGAAGAGGUGGAUCAGGAUCCCCAGCCAGGCUCUUCAUCUGAGUGA